CGGCUGUCAUCAUGACCGCUCACGUGUGCGCAGUGUUGGCGCUCGUCGCACUCGCGACCACGCACGCUUUCGUAGACGAAGCGGUCGACGUGCUGCUUCUCAGUAAACACAUCGGCGAGGAAGUGUUAAACUCGUGGGACAUUAUUGGCAAACCUUUUAAUGCUUCCCAAGGUGUAGAGCUACCGUUCAUUCAUAAAAGAGAAAGGCAACUUUUUUCACGCUUGUCAUACGUAACGCGAGCGAUUCAAAACUUGGAGGUGGAUGUUGAGAAAAGCCGCGUGGUGGCGAUGCUGUUGGAGAAGAAUAUAGGACGUGGCCCCCGCUUAGAACUAAAACUGAACGAGAUGUCAGAUCUGCUGAGCCGCGUGGACUCCGCCGAUCGACAGAUGCGUGAAUACGUUCGAUUGCAACGCGAGUUAGAGCGGCGCACUUUGGAGGAGUUCGCGAGCUGGUGUGUGGCACACGAUCGAGGCGCCUUACCCGGCCUGCUAGAGCGGGUGCAUGCAUUGGUCGUACCACCACAUGCCCACCUACUCGGCCAUAGUUUGCUUGACCUCAUUGUGAGCGACUUACAGGAGAGACACCCCGAGGUCUGCGAACUCCAGCUUUCCCCACACCAGUUAAUUUACGACAUGUAUAACACCAUAGCGCUUACUGAGAUCAAAGGUUACGCUAUGAUGCAGUUUUCUUGGAUGCUAUUAAGGAUUUACGGCAAAGGAAACUUUACACAAGAAGCGAGCUUAACAAGAGAAAGGUAUGCGGAGAGGACAGUCCGCACAGCAACAGCAGCAAAAGCAGCGCUCGCAAUGGCACAGCGAGACCUUUACCGUUGCGACCCACCACAACACGUCAAAGGAGAAACAUACGAGGAAGUUACGCGACUAUUACAAGGGUACAUAGAAAACGAGGUGGACAUGAACCCGGAUAUGACGUGCAAAGAAAACUGUGCCUACUACACAGUCUCUAAAAACUACGGCUGUUUCAAGGACAUGUAUUGUGCUAGUCAACCCACCUGCAAGGGACGUAUAAUAAACUGCCAAUAUGUUGACUCCGAUAUGUGGGUCUGCCCGGCGGCUGCAACAAGCACAAGACGUUAUGAAUGGAUAGAAUAUGAAAACGAACGCAAACUGGGCCGAAUGGGAUAUUGUAAGAGAGGAACCACAAAGGUGGACUCGUGGUGGCGCUGGCUUUUUUGGCACUGUUCCUACUGCAUGUGCCUUUGCGACGAGCCGGGCCCUAAGUCAGACCGCUACUUCAGUCUGUGGGAUGCCACCUCUGACGUCAAAAAUAAUAAAGUGGUAACGGGACUACGGCUGGUGAAGCACGGGCGGGUCUUUCACCUGCAGGUUAGUGAGGGCCGACUGGGAGAGCGUGCCGCGGUGACUCCCGGUGGCUGGGUUCCGUUCAAUAAGUUUGACAUCGACGAUCCUGAGGUUAGGGAGAAUAUCGACUACCACACACUCAGCUACGAAAGCCGCGCAAUCGAUCUGGACGAACUGGAUUCACCGUUCGGGCACAUUAUGACUGGCGUCAGAUUCCGUAUGAUUGGAGCUCACUUGCACUUUGAGAUUCGCUCGACGCCAUUUAAUUACACAACGGGCCGACUGGCACCCGAACGGAGUCAGUGGAUCAGCAACGAUAACACCGACGGAACUGAACGUCCGAGAUCCCAAUUGCGCCUGAUUAAUCCAGAUAUCCCAAUAUACAGCAACAGCCCGUUGCCCGUGGACUCUAAACAUGACCAAUACAUUGAAUUCACGAACAGUGAUUUCGACGCAGACGCAGCACAGAGUACGGUUCCAUUCAUAGACAUACAGCCAGUGGAGCCCUUGAAAGGUGCGUCGUUAAUAAGCGGCGCUGGACUGAUCCACCGUGGCACCCGCGGCUCGGGCGGGUUCAUCGCACCCAAACUGUUCACGUACGACUACUCUCGGCACGUCAAGGCUGAGCUGCCACCAGACUCAGAAGACGGGGAGUCACCCGACUUCAUGCCGGUCGCGGCUUACUAGUCUAAUCGUAGCAUAUAAUAUACUCAAUGUAAAUUAAGUUCAAUUUAAUAAACGUUUGUAAGUUAUUAGACUUA